UAUGGCUUCAACCGUUACCUUGGAUUUCCUCCAAAACAGCUUCAUCUUCGUCCUGGUAAUCUCACUUCUCUCUCUCCUCUACAGUUUCUUCAACAAAUCCAAUGAUCAAAUAGAAAGAUCAUCACUUGCCCGUCUUCCUCCAAGCCCGCCGAGCUUGCCCAUCAUCGGCCACCUUCACUAUCUUCUCUCCAACUCCCUCUUCAAGUCAUUUACCGAACUUUCCUCCAAACACGGCCCUCUUCUCUACCUCCGCGCUUUCAACUCCCCGAUACUUCUCGUCUCGUCGUCCUCAGCCUUACACGACAUCUUUAGGACAAAUGAUGCGAAUUUCUCGUCGAGGUUUUCGUGUGAUAUCGAUAACUCGAUCGUAGUAGGCCCUUACGGAUUCGUCACUGCUCCCUAUGGAGAUUACUGGAGGUUCAUGAAAAGGCUCGUGAUGACCGAGUUGCUUGGCCAGCAAAAUCUUGAAACAUCGCGAAAUCUUCGUCAUGAAGAGCUCGAAAGAUUCUUUGGCGAUUUGAUGGAGAAGGCAAAGAGGAAUGAAGCCGUCGAUGUGGGGAAAGAGAUGAUGAAGCUCACGAACAAUUGCAUUUGCAGGAUGGCUAUGGGGUUAACGUGUUUGGAGGGGGAUGCCGAGGUGGAGAAGAUAGAGGGUUUACUGAGUGAAAGCUUAGGUUUGAUAAAGAAGGUUCUAGCUGUCAUUGCAUUGCGUCGGCUCAAGAGAUUCGGCAUCUCGUUGUUCGAGAAGGAUGUGUUGGAUGUUUCUAGAAGGUACGACGAGUUGUUCGAGAAGAUUCUCCGGGGACACGAAGAGAAUCCGGACAGAGAGCAUAAGGACAUGAUGGAUGUUGUGUUGGAGCAGAAGAUCUCAAGGAACCAUAUCAAGGCGUUUUUUGUGGAUCUCUUCAUUGCAGGCACCGAUACUUCAUCACAAGCGACUCGUUGGGCAAUGGCAGAGCUCAUAAACAAUCCUUCUGUCUUUAGGAAACUGAGAGAAGAAAUAGACUCCGUUACGGGAAAAACAAGGCUAAUUCAUGAAUCCGAUCUCCCGAAUCUCCCUUACCUGCAUUCGGUUAUAAAAGAAACCCUGAGGCUGCAUCCACCCGGGGCUGUAAUGACAAGAAAAUGCGACAAAGGAUGCAAAGUUCGAGGGUUCGACAUACCUAAGGACACCUUGUUGAUCCUCAACUUUUAUGGUAUGAUGAGAGAUUCGAGUGUUUGGGAGAAUCCUGACGAGUUCAAGCCCGAGAGGUUCUUGGUUUCGGGUGAAAAUGAUAAGGAGUUCGAUAAAGAGAAAUCUUUAAAGUACGUUCCUUUCGGGGCGGGAAGAAGGGCGUGUCCGGGUGCCAACUUGGCUUAUAUCUUUAUGGGAAUUGCCGUCGGGACGAUGGUGCAAUGUUUUGAUUGGAGAACCGAAAACGGAAAGGUUAACAUGGAAGAAGCAGGUUACAUGGCUUUAAGCAUGGCUAAUCCAUUGAAGUCUAUUCCUGUUAUUCGCUUUGAUCCUUUAGUUUCUACAGCCUGAGAACUUUGGGAACAUAUAUGUUGACAUUGUCUAUGUAAGAAUCCUACGCGUAAAGAAUAAUAUAUAAGAACAAGAAGCUUAUAUAUGUGAUCGGAUUGGUAAUAAGAUUCUAAAAGUUAAUGAGAUGAUUCUUUUAUAUA